AUGCUCUCGUUUUCGGUCAAGGAGGAACAGAAGGAUGUCAAGUCUUUGGAGGAAACUGGUAUUGGCGAUACCACAGAAAACGCGCGUGAAAGCAUGACACUUUAUACUUGUGCCAACUGCACCCGUGUUGUGGCCCUCACUCAGUCGUCGCAGCUCAUGUGUACUCACUGCGUACAUCGCACGGGCUCGUCCACUGUUUUUUACAAGCUACGCACACAGCCCACGACAUACGACACAAUUUAA